UGUUUUCAACGAUGCAUGUCUAAAGGUAACUAGUUGGUUGAUGGUAUUGUUGAAUUUUUGUUUAGAUUGUAAGCAGUUGUUGUUGUUAGUAAUCCAGUCAAUAUUAAGAUUGUUUUUUCGCUGUCUGUUUCUCUGUGUGCAGCAGCAACUUCCAUCCAUUCAUUCAUUCAACCAACCAACUAACAAACCGACCGAUUAUUCAUCAGAGCCAAGAGUUUCAAAUACAAGCACGUGUUCAAUUGGAAAUUGUAAUUGUUGUGUAUUAAAGGAAUUUGAAUUUACAAAUAAAUAAAACGAGACUAAAUUCUACUUAAAAAUGAGUGCUGUCGAUUCGAUUAUAAAUUUUAAACGUGAUCCCAAUGAGGAUUUCUAUGGCAUGCUCAAUUGUGAUGAGAAUUCAUCGAUUGAGCAAAUUCAAGCUGAGUACAAGGUUUUAGCCUUGCAAUAUCAUCCGGAUAAAAAUAGUGGUGACAAGGAUGCCGAAGCUAAAUUUCAAAAAUUAAAGGAAGCUAAGGAGACUUUAUGCGAUCCGGAGAAGAGGGCCAAUUAUGAUAAAUGGCGUAAUAGUGGUAUUGCCAUGAGUUACAAGAAUUGGUUGGGUAUGAAAGAGCAUGUUGGUCAGUCCAUGCAUUGGGCCACACCUAAGACUAAGGAUCGUAUGUUGCCCGAAACAGCUGCAGCUGCUGGAGCUGGUGGCAGUGGUGGUCUUUCGGCUGCCUCACCAAAUCCCGCCCAUCGUCGAGCUUCUGAGGGAGGUGCUGCUCUCUACUAUGGCGGUCGUAAACAGGAAUGGGGCACUGAUAAUUCCGAUGUGGCCAACAAAUUUCGUAAUUAUGAAAUUUAAAGAGGCAAACUUUCCAGGAUGAUUUAUACCAAAUAAUGAACCAAUUUUAAGAAAACUUGUUUUUUUAGUUAACUUUCCUAUAAUUUUAAAGAAUUGAGGCAUUUCAAAUUUUAGUAAAACUUUUUCCCGAAAAAUCAUUAAAAAGAAUUUUAAUUAGUCAGAAAAGAAAUUAUAUCAAGAUUCAAAGAAAACUGUAACUAAAUGUUAAAAUUUUCACAAAAUAAUAAAUAAAUGUUUAUAGAUGUUUUACUUAAUAUUAAAUUUUUAAAAUAUAUAUUAUAUUAAAUAAAUAAAUAAAUACAUACAUAUGUCAUAUUAAAUCAAUAAUAGUUAAAAGAAAAAAUAUAUAUAAAAAAAUAACAAAUUAAGAAACUGUAAUUUCACAUAAACAUUAAGAAAAAAUAAAUAUUUUUGAAAAACAUUUUAAUUUAAACAAAAAGAAAACAAACUCUUUGCUGUUUUUUUAGGAUUAAGAUUAAAAUAAAUGUUUAAUAAAUAAAUUUAAUUAAAACACUAACAGACAAAAAGUCGUUUGAAAUAUUUAAAAAAAAAUCCCUUAAGACAAUCCCCCUUGAUUAAAUAAACUGAAAAGUACCAUACGAGUCUAAUUCAAAGGAAAAAAAGUACUAAAAACUUAAACCACCUUUUUAAAUGAAAAGCAAAGAAACGCACUUGAAAAUUUAUAAUAAAAAUAUAUUUAUAAAAAAUAUAUAAAAAUAUACGACAGUAUUAAAUUAUUUUAAUAAAUGUUGUUAAGAAGUCUAGAAGGCAUAUAUUGAUGGAAUUUAAAAUCUUAAAACUAAAUAUUAUAUAAUACUAGGUGUCCUAUUUAAACUACAACAAAUGACAAGAAAGAGGAGCAAAAUAUAUUUAAAGAAAAAACUAAAAUUCAAUUUAAUAAAAAAAAAAAACCCAAAAACUAAAGAAUUUUUAUGCAAAAAAAAAGUAUAGAAAAAUGCAUACAAAAACUGAAUUUAAAAAGCACUACACAAUAAAGAAAAAUUUUGCAAAUGAAAAUCUAAAUGUUUUUAUUGAUGUCAAACAUUUAAAUAAAUUAAUUAAAUAUUUUAAAAAUUUACACACACACUAAAAGAAAUCAUAAUGAUUUCUUUUUUAAUAUUAUUUCAAAUGCAAACAAAUGCUAACAUUAAAACAAACAAAAUAAUUAAUAAAAUCAAUGAAAUCUUUCAUAAUUACAAACAAAAAAGUACAGAUUUUAAAGUCGUUUUAGUAAAAUCCUAAAAUUUUAAGUUUAUGCAAAUAAUGUUAAAAUUAUAACAAAAUCAAAA